AUGUCGUUGCUUAGAUUUAUUCGAUACGCGGGGCAAGUGACUGCUGUUGAUGACAUCAAAAGGACAGCUCAGAAGCAUUUCAAACAAUGGGGAAAGCAUAAAGUAGUCUUCAUCAAAUCAAAAGAACCAAUCAGUAAACAAGAAGUCGUCGAUCUCUGCUCUGACAUUCCAUUUACUGACAUUCACUGCCCAGUCGAGAAAAAGAAGAAUGCUCAGAACGACUUCAUCUAUUCGAAGAUAGAGUUGCCAACUUUCAAUUUGGCGGCAGAAGUCAUUUCCAGAGCUAGAACUGGCAUCGAAAAAGAAGAUAAUAAUUAUGAGUCUGUUGGCUUUUCAAAAGAGUGGAGCAUCGAUGAAUUCCGCAAGAAGGACAAAAAUAGAACAACAAACAUUCCCCGACCGCCUAACAAGAAAACAACAACACUAAUCGUCCGUUUCCAGCAAAAAAUCUCGCCCGCUGAUAUUGUCAAUCUCUUCUGCGAUGAUUUUAAUUACCAGCCGGAAAUAAAAGUAGUUCACAAACGAACAGAAAAUACUUCAAGCGAAGAGCAUCAACAUGCGUGCAUCAGAUUCGAAACUCAAGAAGAAGCGAUGAAAGUACUCGGGCAUCUGCGGAAGAAUAAACUUCAUGUGUCAGCUCUGUGGGGGAAGAAAAAUACAGUCGCUGGCUUGGCUCCGAGCUUUCAAAAGAACUUCUUGUAUAACUUGAAAGACCCUACUCUAACGAUAAAGGGGAAGGAAAGCCCUAAACUGUCUAUUCAGCCAAAAGAAGUGAGAAAACUAAAAGAUGGAAGCACUCAUUUUACAUUCAAAAGCGUCGCGGAAGCCAGAAAGGCGUUUGACGAAAUGUUUGCAGAUCGAAAUCGUGAAUAUAAAAUUCUACCGUCGAUGAAAAAUCAUAUUCUGGAAAUUGAAACAGAAGGUAGUCCGAAAAAGACGGUCAAAAAUAUCUCGCCGAGGCCGAAAGAUACAGUGUUCUUCAAACGAGAUAAGCUCAACUUGAUCUAUGCAGAGUUCCACUCUCCUAAAGACGCGUCAGAUGCCUUGCUGCAACUUCAGAGCUCAGAGAAGAUAGCCUCAGCCAAAUUUGCGGAUCGUUCGACCCUCAUUCGGAAUGAUAGCACAGCUGAAAGAUUAACAGGAGUUCUUCAUGUUCCUCAAAGCUCAAGUGAAGUUUGCUAUGUUCGGAAAACCUCAUCUGGCGAAGAAGAAAAAGAUAUCGUCGUCAUGCAAAAUGAUCUGAAAAACGCCUUUCACGGAGCGGAAGUUGAAGUUCAAAUUAUCGGAAAAGCGCGUGGCCGUAAACGAGGCCGAGUGAUCUCGACCUCUUUUGACAAUAAAAAAAUUGUUGCUCAGUUGAAGCCAAACAAAUCCAAUUUGGAAAGGUUAAUUCUUGAACCGUAUGUAAAAAGAGUUGGCGAAUGGUUUCCUGAUAUCAUCGUUUCAUCUGAAAUUUUACCAGAGUACUUCGAGUUCGAAAAGGAAGACAAUCAUGAGGACACCGUCUUUUUCGUCAAUGCAGAUUACGAUAAUGAAUCAGGCCAUUUGGUUGCGUCAAAAAUUGUUCCUAGAAAGAUCAGAGAAGGUACUGUAGAGGAGUCGUUCUCUGAAAGCUUUUUAUUCGCCGUGACUGAUGAUAACAAGAGGUACAUCUUUCAUCGCGGCGCUCUGGUCAACGAUCGCGUCAAAUUCCUCUCCGAUGACCGAAGAGCCCAAAUACUCGAAGUCCUCGAAAGAGAGCCAAUAACUUGUGUCGGCAUCUACGAUAAAGCGGAGAACGAGCUUCGUCCGAUGAACUCGCAGUUGAACAGAGUCAAAAUUCCAAAGAAAGAAACUCUCAUCGACAAAAAUGUAUACAAAGUGAAUCUGACAUGGGAAGCAGGCUUCCGGAAAGAACCGACGGUCGAGAUUCUUGAAAACAUUGGUGAAUCGGACUCGGUUGAUAGUCUUGUUCUCGGGCUCUUGUCUGAGUGGGGAUUCGAUUAUUCUGAUAUAGACAGCCAAGGCGAUAUCUUCUCCGAUCUUAAUCAUGAAUUGGAUCUUGUCAAAGAGAACCGAGAAGAUUUUUCCAAAGAGCUUGUCUUUUCGAUAGAUCCAGAAACUGCUAAAGAUCUUGACGAUGCUCUCCAUUUGAAACAAAUCGACGAGGAUACUUACGAAGUCGGUGUGCACAUUGCCGACGUUUCCUUUUACAUCGACAAAAGCUCGAAAAUCGAUGAGAUUGCCGCUGACAGAACAACUUCUAUUUAUUUACCAGAAGCUGUCAUACCAAUGCUCCCGAAGGUACUUUUCGAGGAUCUUGCCUCUCUCACGCCGGGUGAGCCAAAAAGGACCUUUACCGCUAUUUUCACUAUGAACAGAAAUGGGGAACUGGUAAAACCGACUCGAUUCUCCAAGGGAUUAAUAAACAAUCGCCGAAAAUUUAGCUACGAAGAGGCUCAAAAGCUCCUUGAUAGUACCGAAAACUCCGAAUGUAGCUACUACCAAAAUCUUUCAAACCUGAGUGAUCUCGCAAAGAAUCUUCGAGAAAAGAGGAUGAAAAAUGGAGCGACGAAUAUUGGGACGAAAUCGCCAAAGUUCAUUUUUGAUGAGACUUCGCGAAUGCCAACUUCAAUUUACAAUGAAACCAGUUUCAGUACCAACAAAUUAGUGGAAGAAUUCAUGGUUCUUGCAAAUAGUGAAUGCGCAAAAUUUCUCAUGGAGCGGGUCGAUCAUCCUGUUAUUCGCUUCCAUGAUUCCUUGCGCGAGGAAAAAUGCAUGGAACUUUCCCGACUCCUGUCUGCUUCAAUGCCGGAAGUGGCAGCUAAAAUUGACGCGACAAUGGACGGAUAUAGUAUUCGAAAGUUGAUGGAGUCUGCUGAGAAUCUCGAUAGUAUAACAAGAGAAGCAUUGGAGCUUAUGUUCAUCAGAUGCUUUACAGAGGCGCGAUAUGGGAUCUUCAAUAAAGAAGAACCUAAUGCACAGCAUUUCGGCCUAGCUCUCGAAGAGUAUACGCACUUUACCUCGCCUAUUCGCCGCUUUCCUGAUGUUCUUGUUCACAGACAGCUCAACGAUGCAAUCUCAGAAUCCAAAACUGCCUCAUACGACCUGGCAGAGCUGGAAAAACACUUGCGUCGAUCGAAUUUAAAAAAGUACCGCAACCGGAAACUGCAGGCAGAUCUGGAUCGUCUAUUCACUUGGAUGCUUUACAAAAAUCAAGAUUAUAAGGGGCCGGUAUUAGUAACUGGACCUAUCGUGAAUAUCUCUGAAGACUCUGUUGAAGUCUAUUGGAGCGAAACUGGCCUUGUUUUAGAAUGUCUAUUUGAGACCGUUGAAAAAGAGCUGUUCGAGCCACCGGAAAUGUCUGAGGACCAGGGUUCAAUAAUGGUCACGUGGAAAGAAACUAGAGAUGAUCAGGAAGAUGCACUGGAGACGAUGCCUUACCACUGUUUAAAAUCCGUUUCCUGUGAACUUAUAAUCGGGGAAACGCCUGAUUCUCUUCGGGGAAAGCUAGUCUCUCCUCUUGUUUAG